AUGGGCUUACUGGCAUACUGUUUCUCGAGCCCAGGAGUUCGUCCAUGGUUUCGAAGAGGGCCCAGAAGCCAUGGCAUCACGGACCCAGCUGAUGUCCCCGGCAGCUUUUACAAUGCCAAAUUAUUUGGCAACUCCAAUGGCAACAUUGACACGAGCGAUUUCAGCACCGCCACCCCCGAGCUAUUAGCCUUUGAUAAUGAAGUCAACACCGACCUACAUCAGACGGGAUCGGCUAAUGAUUGCUAUAGCGGCAACCUCUCCAGAUCACGGCCGGCCACUGUGGGACUCAAGGACAAUGACCGAAUCUGGAGACUGCCCGGUCAACCGCCAGUUCAGUUCGACCAGUACGCCGGUUAUGUUACGGUCGAUGCAUCCAAGGAAAUUGCAUUGUUCUAUUACUUUGUCGUAGCAGAGAAAUCAAAGAAUGAUUCUUUGCCUCUUCUCCUCUGGCUAAAUGGAGGUCCGGGUCGCUCAUCCCUCGCCUAUGGAGCAAUGCAAGAACUCGGUCCUUCCGAGUCCAUAGUGAUGGGAAGACGCUGUACAGAAACCAAUUUUCAUGGAAUAACGGAUCAUCUCACGAUAUAUACAGCUGCAAACGUUCUGUUCUUGGAGUCACCAGUAGGAAUCGGGUUCUCGUACUCAAACACAUGGACCAAUUACACGGCGAAUGAGGAUGGGAAGACGGCAACGUUAAAUUACAAGUUCUUGAUGAACUGGUUAAAUAGGUUUCCCGAGUACAGGGGACAGGAUUUCUACAUUGCCGGGGAGAGCUACGCAGGGCAUUACGUGCCUCAGCUCGCACAUCAUAUCCUGGCCCGCAACAGAGGGCGACCAACAAUCACAGCAUCAUCAACCUCAAAGGAAUCAUAG